UAUAUAAACUUGGAUAAUCUUGAGCUCUCCGGUGUUGUAGUUUUGUUAAGGAUCAGUACUUCACUUUGUGGAAGUGCAUACAAUUUCCACGACAAUUUGGCAUUGUUGGCAGGAUCUGAAGUGUAACUUCGUCAGGAGAGGACCCUGGUGAUUUGGCCUUCCUGAGGAUAAAUUACCUCAGCCCUACCGCGAUUGACGAUGGAAAGGAUGGACCAGGAAUCACCACCCCGACGUCGGAACACUGCUGGGAUCCUCGGACCUCUCUUUGGGAGAACUCCAGUUAGAGGCAACACGUCUUGCGAUGUCUCCCGAUGUCUCCCGAUGUCUCCCGAUCCCUCGCUACCCACGCAACUUCCUCCAUGCUCCGAUUGGCUGAUACGGACUGUUGGGGCGGGUGUUAAUCGAAACAAACCACGUGCCCUCCACGUGGCCUCUGAUUGGCUGAUAGCCUGCACGCCAAAAUAGAGUCGCAGGCGGCAAGUGCGUGGGCUACCUAUCAACAGGCCGGACCAGCGACGCGCCACCCACAGGGGAGUUCUUAAGCCACGGCCCCCGCGGCCAUCUUGAAACGCGAGAAACCGAGCGGAGAGCAGCGGGAAAGAGGACUCGUGGCGCCGGCAUCUCAUUUGACUAAUCACAGGACACCACCUCGUUGUUUGAUAGCGACAGAUAAAACACGGAACCUGUUUCCUGCAGCAGAAUGCCAACCACUACUAGGAAGCACCGGGACUUCGUGCGUGAGUCGAUGAAGAAGCCGGUGACGGCGCUGCCGGGGAUCGGGCCAGUGCUGGGCCAGAGGCUGAGGAACGAUGGCUACAUCACGGCCGGAAGGGUUAUGGCUGAGUUUGUGCUGCUGGGCGGAGACCCGGAGGAGUUCAAGAACUGGCUGCAGCGCACCACCGGCGCCAACCCCUACCAUGCCGGCCUCUGCACUCGGGCCAUGACGGAGUGGUGCGGAAACCGGCAAACCCAGCGCUGCACUCGCCCCGGGCCUAUAAGGUUCUGGUUCUGGGUCCUGGACAGGUUCAGGGCUUGGCUGCAGGACAACACAGGCGUCGACAUCCGCCAGGCUGCUCUGCACUCGGGCCCUGAGCCUAUAAGGUUCUGCUUCUGGUUCUGGGUCCUGGACAGGUUCAGGGCUUAGGGUCAGGGCUUGGCUGCAGGACAACACAGGCGUCGUCCAUACAUCCACCAGGCUGCUCUGCACUCGGGCCCUGAGGGAGUGGUGUGAUCCCUUCAUCUGACCCCCCCUGCUGUGAUUCUGGGACCCGGGAUCCGGUCCCCUGCAAGACGCCUGUGAUGUCAUAGCAACUGUUUUUUUUUAAUGAGAUAUAAAAAUAAAAUGUCUCUUUGGUUGCUGA